GAGGCGCGGGCGGCUGCGAGGCCCGCGGACUCACCGGCCGGAGGGAGCGCGCCGCCGGCCCACUUGGCCUGGCUCCCGAAGCCCGGGCGGCGAGCGAGGGGAGAAGCAGGGCGGGCGCGGGAGGAGCGCUGCCGCGGCGGGGGAAGCCGGGCACUGGGAGAGCGCCAGGGCGGCGCGGCGCAGCGGGGACGAUGACCACGGGCUCGGUGCUGCCGCUGCUUCUACUCGGGCUCUCGGGCGCGCUCCGGGCCCACCAUGAGGAUCUUACAGUCAGGGAGGCUUGCAAGGCUGGCUUCUCCGAAGAAGACUACACUGCGUUGAUCUCCCCGAAUGUCCUGGAAGGAGAGAAACUACUCAGAGUCAAGUUCAGCAGCUGCUUGGGUACCAAAGGGACGCAGUAUGAGACCAACAGCUUGGACUUCAAAGUCGGGGCGGAUGGGACUGUCUUCGCCACCCGGGAGCUGAAGAUCCCUUCAGAGCAGGUGGCCUUCACUGUGACGGCGCGGGAACGCCAGACUGCUGAGCAGUGGGACGCCAUGGUGCGGCUGCUGGUAGCCCAGACUUCAUCCCCACACUCUGGACACAAGAAAGGAAAGACAGCAGCCCUGGACCCCUCUCAGUCCCCAAAGGACACACUGCUGCCGUGGCCCCAGCACCAGAGCUCCGGAGGGCUGAGGAGGCAGAAGCGUGACUGGGUCAUCCCGCCCAUCAACGUGCCGGAGAACUCCCGCGGGCCCUUCCCCCAGCAGCUCGUCAGGAUCAGAUCUGACAAGGACAAUGACAUUCCCAUCCGGUACAGCAUCACGGGUGUGGGAGCCGACCAGCCCCCUAUGGAGGUCUUCAGCAUUGACUCCAUGUCUGGUCGCAUGUAUGUCACCCGGCCCAUGGACCGAGAGGAAAGAGCCUCUUACCAUGUAAGUACAUACGUGAUGACCGUGACAGCCAACGAUGCCGAUGACAGCACUACGGCCAACGGCAUGGUGCGGUACCGGAUUGUCACCCAGACACCCCAGAGCCCCUCCCAGAACAUGUUCACCAUCAACAGUGAAACCGGGGACAUUGUGACAGUGGCAGCAGGCCUGGACCGGGAGAAAGUCCAGCAGUACACAGUCAUCGUCCAGGCCACUGACAUGGAAGGAAACCUUAACUACGGUCUCUCGAACACAGCCACUGCCAUCAUCACGGUGACAGACGUAAAUGACAACCCUCCGGAAUUCACCACGAGCACAUUUGCAGGAGAGGUCCCCGAGAACCGUGUGGAAACAGUAGUAGCCAAUCUCACAGUACUGGACCGAGAUCAGCCUCACUCACCCAACUGGAAUGCAGUCUACCGAAUCAUCAGUGGGGACCCCUCGGGGCACUUCAGUGUCCGCACAGACCCUGUCACCAAUGAGGGCAUGGUCACCGUGGUGAAGGCAGUGGACUACGAGCUGAAUCGUGCCUUCAUGCUGACCGUAAUGGUGUCCAACCAGGCGCCCCUGGCCAGUGGGAUCCAGAUGUCUUUCCAGUCCACAGCAGGGGUGACCAUCUCUGUCACUGAUGUCAACGAGGCCCCCUACUUUCCCUCCAACCACAAACUGAUCCGCCUGGAAGAGGGUGUGCCCACCGGCACUGCGCUCACCACUUUUUCCGCGGUGGACCCUGACCGGUUCAUGCAGCAAGCUGUGAGGUACUCAAAGCUGUCUGAUCCUGCCAACUGGCUGCACAUCAACACAUCCAAUGGGCAGAUCACCACGGCUGCGGUCCUGGACCGAGAGUCACUCUACACCAAGAACAAUGUAUACGAGGCCACCUUCCUGGCUGCUGACAAUGGGAUCCCCCCAGCCAGUGGCACUGGGACCCUGCAGAUCUACCUCAUUGACAUCAACGACAAUGCGCCACAGCUGCUGCCCAAGGAGGCACAGAUCUGCGAGAGGCCAGGCCUCAACGCCAUCAACAUCACUGCAGCCGACGCCGACAUGGACCCCAACAUCGGCCCCUACGUCUUUGAGCUGCCCUUCAUCCCCACCACAGUAAGGAAGAACUGGACCAUCACCCGGCUAAACGGUGACUAUGCCCAGCUCAGUUUGCGCAUUAUGUACCUGGAGGCAGGGGUCUACGACGUCCCCAUCAUCGUCACGGACUCUGGAAACCCUCCCCUGUCCAACACGUCCAUCAUAAAAGUCAAGGUGUGCCCGUGUGAUGAGAAUGGUGACUGCACCACCAUCGGUGCCGUGGCUGCAGCCGGCCUGGGCACGGGUGCCAUCGUGGCUAUCCUCAUCUGCAUCGUGAUCCUGCUAACCAUGGUCCUGUUGUUCGUUGUGUGGAUGAAGCGGAGGGAAAAGGAACGACACACAAAGCAGCUGCUCAUCGACCCUGAGGACGAUGUGCGUGACAACAUCCUAAAGUACGACGAGGAGGGAGGCGGCGAGGAGGACCAGGACUAUGACCUCAGCCAGCUACAACAGCCGGAAGCCAUGGAACAUGUGCUGAGCAAGGCCCCUGGUGUGCGGCGGGUGGACGAACGGCCAGUAGGUGCCGAGCCCCAGUACCCAGUCAGGCCUGUGGUGCCCCACCCAGGCGACAUCGGAGACUUCAUCAAUGAGGGACUUCGAGCUGCUGACAAUGACCCCACGGCACCCCCCUAUGACUCUCUGCUAGUCUUCGACUAUGAGGGCAGUGGUUCUACCGCAGGCUCCGUCAGUUCCCUGAACUCCUCCAGCUCCGGGGAUCAAGAUUAUGACUACUUGAAUGACUGGGGGCCCCGGUUCAAGAAGCUGGCGGACAUGUAUGGGGGUGGUGAGGAGGACUAACCAACCUCACCCCUCCCGCCAACAUGAGAAGGACACUCGAGGCCGAGCAGCGGGACUGAGCCAAGGCACUGGAUUUGUCCUGGUGUCAGAGGCCCCCUCCCCACUGCCAUCCCCCAAGUGGAACUGUGCAGUACGAACAUAGGCCACCAGGCGCCCACCACCACUGCGGCAUCUCAGUAGCCACGUACCGCAAAGGGAGAGCCAGAGGCACAGCCCUAACUUGAAUUUCUUACAACAAAAGCACUGUUAGAAUAAUAAAAAAAAAAAACAAA